CAACGAGAAUAAUAGUCAUGCCGAUGCAUUGGAAUCCCGAGCGGAAAGAAUAGUCACGUCGCUCAGGAACUGGAAUCUUUGCGAAAGGUUUUAUGCACUACAUGUCAGUGUGAAGAUGUGGUCCAUCGGGAUAGUAUCGUCUCUCCUUCUAGCCUGUGCCCGGGCACAGCAGCUCGUCAGCGACUGCCCUUCCCCCGACGGGUACUUCGCCGACUCGGUCCAAUGCGACAAGUACUAUGACUGCCAGGACAAUGUACUCACGGAGAAGCUGUGUCCCGACGGCAUGGCUUUCAACGACCUGAACCCGAGGAUUGAGAAAUGCGACUUCACGUUCCAGGUCGACUGCGCCGGAAGGCCUGAGCUCCAGCCGGCCCAGCCCACCGAAGUGUGCCCCCGCCAGAACGGCUACUUCCCUCACCCGGACCCCAAGAUCUGCAACAAAUUCUACUACUGCGCCGCGGGUUCGGGCUCCCUCAUCACGUGCCCCGACGGCCUCGUCUUCUCCCUCAAGACCGGCAACUGCGUGUGGCCGGAUGCGGCCGGGCGGUCCGGUUGCGCCUCCACCAACGUCCUGAACUUCACGUGCCCCACCUCCGGCUUCGACAUCCAGAGGGACGCCCACCCUCGCUUCCCUGACCCCGACGACUGCCAGUACUUCUACGUGUGCAUCAACGGCAAGGACCCGCGGAGGAACGGCUGCGCUUUCGGCCAGGUCUUCAACUCCGUCACGAAGGCGUGCGACUCGCCCAAGGAAGUGCCUGAGUGCGCCGACUACUACUCGCAGUAUUUCGACGAGUACUUCCAGACGCUGUCGUCGGGCGGCCGCGUCAGCGCCGACAUCAUCGCCGCUGCCAUCGCCGCCGGCUACGACGUACCCGACCUGAAGGACCGCGUCAGGGUAGCGACGGGCGGCUCCGGCUCCGGAGUGACCCGACGAAGGGGUCAGACGCCCGCGCCGCCCCUCGACGCCGCGGACGACACUGCCUUCCGCGCACCCGCCCCGUCGCCGCGCCGCCCCGCUGCCUCGCGACCCGCCGCCAGGAACGAGCAGCCCCAGCGCGCCACCAGGACCUUCAACCGCCCACGCCUCGGCAGCCGUUCCAAGCCUACCACCCCUCCCACCACCACCACCCCACCGCCCCCACCCCCGCCCGUGGACGACUACGCCUACGACUACGUGUAUGAGGACUACCCCGCCGACGCCCAGUACGAUGACGCCGCCGCCGCCCCCGCCCCCGCGCCCACGACCGCCGCCCCCCCGCCGCCCUCAGAGGCACCAGCGAACAGACAAACCAGGGUCUUGAACAGGCGCCCCCUCGUCAGGCCCAGGAACUGAGCGAAGGAACGAAGGAGGGAAAGAAGGAGGGAAAGAAGGAACGAAGGAGGGAGAGAAGGAGGGAAGGAGAGAAAGAAGACAGGAAGAGUCAGAAAGAGUGAUGACUGAAAGGAAGGAGACACGAAGGCAAGAAUAAUAGAUGAGAAUAAAGAAAAAAAAGGUAGAUAUAUAACUAAUAAAGGAAUAUAAAGGUAAUGGAGUGACAUGACGUCAUCGUAGCUAACUAUUGACGUAGUAACAAGACUUGUACCUUUGCUAUCAAGGUACUAUCCGAUCCCUACGCCUGGUGCUUUUUUUUUGUCCUUGAAAAUAUGAUCAAAUUUAAUCUCUUAUUUAACUUUUACUAUAUUUCUGACGAUGAUGGAAGUAUGACGUCCAUUUAGCAUUGUCUUUCAGAAUUCCAUUGUGUAAUUAUAGCAUGUGUAUAGUUGGGAUUUUUUUUUUCUUCAUAAACUGUUAAAUAUCACAUUGCUGUACAAAAUUAUUUUUUCAUUUUAUUCUAUUUUGUUUGAAAUUCAGAAGCUCAAUUUUGUGAGCGAUGUAUGUUUUUUUUUUUCAUCUUUCCUGUUUUCUGUAUCAUAGUCUUGAUUUUGUCAAUUAUUCAUGUGCCGCUCAGUUAGGGCUCAUGUUGAUUUUUUCCUCUAAUCUAAUGCGCUCUCUUUUUUCAAUAAAUUUGUUACAAUAUUA